AUGAACUGCCAAAGGAAACCAAAUGAUGUUAUGAGACAGGUAAAUAAAAUUUGCAUACGGUACAGGGAUAUAAAAACACUGUUCGACGACAACUGGUUGAAUGAUGUAGUCAUCAAUGGCUAUCUGGAGCUGAUACAUAUGAGGUCUAGGAUGAACGACGACCUGCCAAAGGUUUACAAUUUUAAAUCACAAUGGUACCAAAAAGUCACAGGGACAGGAGAUACGUCCCUUCUCAGAUGGACGAGGAACACAGAUCUCGGAGCAUACGAAUGGUUACUGUUCCCAGUGAACAAUGGUGUUUACUGGUUCCUUGUUGGCAUCAACCCGAAGAACAAGACUGUAACUACAUUUGAUUCAAUGCACGGUGAAAAUAUGAGAGAAAUGGAACUUGCAGUGAAAGUUGUGCAGGACGAUUGGCGAAAAAAAAUCAGUAUCCCGUUCACUUGCAAAAUAAAGAAGGACUGCGGAGUGUAUUUAAGUUACUUUGUGUAUUACCUCGGUAUGAACAAGGUUGUGGAGGAAAUACCGGAUAUAGACACAAAGCAGUACAGGCAUUCAAUGAUAUUAGACCUAUAUAGAGGUUCAGUCACCAACUAG